GUGGAGAUCAGCGUGAUUAGGCAAUUAAGCAUAAGGUUAUGAAAGUCGCGACACAGAAGUGCGAAAGAACGUUGUGAGUCUUCUAGGUCAAGGAAGAUAACAUACCUACAUAGACAGGCCUAACCUAGACAAGUAGUAGCUAUAAUAGUAGCUACAAACAAUUGAGUUUACUACCGCCGAGCUAAGUCUGACCGUACCUGUUUGAUAUCUGCAAGGUACUUACAUCAGCCAACCUGGUGCCUGGGUCCUGGGACCUUCUUCAGAUCUACUGAAGACGAAACUUUGGACAACAUCCAGCAACAAAUCCAGAUUGAUGCUCACUAAAGAUACCCAAAUUAUACGCAAUAGCAAACCUUCAUCCAGUCACGGAAGUAUCAACAUCUACCCAGUACAGUAUCUAUUUGGUGCUUCGGCUGGAGAAUGCCUAGGAUGUAAGCAAGGUCUCUCUCACCUUGUGUUGAAUAUCAAGAACACACUAUUUCGAGCUCGUUGACUCUCUAAGGUCUAUGAAUCCCUCCAAUUCCUGUGUCAUUAUAAGAGCUAGGUAGGCAAAUACUCAAGCUACUUUAUAGUGAUCACUUAAACGAGGCUCAAAAUGCCUGCUCUUGUCAGAUCUAACUCAUUCAUCUUUCCCGAUCUCGACUUCACUCUACGUCGGCAAUUCAACAAGAGCAGCUUUCGUCCUUUUCAACGAGAUAUCAUACAAGCUGCAUUAGACGGCAACGAUGUGUUCGUCCAAGCGGCAACUUCCUUUGGGAAAAGCUUGUGCUUCCAACUUCCAGCAGUAGUGGACCAGGGCAUUACUAUCGUUGUCUCGCCAUUGUUGAGCCUUAUGAUGAAUCAGGUGGAAGCUCUUCGGGCUGCCGAUAUCAACGCCAGCUCGCUAAACAGCAAUACACCUUUGCCGGAAAAAGACCGCAUUAUGAAUGAUCUCAAGACAGGCCACCCACGUACUCGCUUGCUCUACGUAACUCCAGAGCUGUGUGCCCAAGAUCGUUUUCGGGACAGGUUAAAGGUGGUCCACGAACAACGAGAGCUUGCUCGUAUCGCUAUUGACGAGGCGCAUUGCAUUUCGGAAUGGGGGCACGACUUCCGGAAAGACUUUAAAAGGCUAGCCUGGUUUCGAGAAUCAUUCCCAGACGUGCCCAUCAUGUGUCUGACAGCAACAGCCAACAGUCAGGUACGGAAUGACGUACUCGCCACCCUUGGGCUAGAUUCCAACCCGGAGAAACUGAAAUCAUUCACAAUGACAGCUAAUAGGCCAAACAUUCACUUCGAAAUCCGCUUCACCCGGGAUGAAGAUGAUCAACGCUUAGAUGAUUUUCUCCAGUGGAUUCGGGGUGUUUAUCGACGCCGAGCUGAGGAUGCACGAAAGAGUGAACUCGCUGCCGUGGGUGAACGUGCUGACAAUGUCCCUGGUAUCAUCUACACCAUAUCACGGCAAGAGUGUGAGAGCCUAGCCUCACAGCUAAGACAAGAAGGGAUUGGGGCCCAGCCGUUCCAUGCCAAACUAUCCAAGGAGGCAAAGGAGCAGACUCUCGCGAAGUGGAUUGCUAACGAGCCUGGCUACGACAUUAUCGUCGCCACGACAGCGUUCGGUAUGGGUAUCGAUAAAAACAAUGUGCGAUUUGUGGUGCAUUGGCGGUUACCCAAGUCCUUUGAGGGAUACUACCAGGAAGCAGGACGGGCAGGGCGUGAUGGCAAUGCAGCAUAUUGCUUCUUAUAUUACAGUCGUGAAGACAGGGACCGAGUCAGCAGCCUGCUCAUGCGAGAUCGCUCUGCUUCGAAGUCCAACUUUGAAGCACGAGCAAAGAGUCUUCGAGCAUUGGCUGAAUAUUGCGAAAGUACAAAUGCUUGUCGCCACAAGAUGAUUUGCAACUACUUUGGGGAGAACACGACGCCGACGUGCGAUUAUGCAUGCGACUGGCAUAAGGAUAGUGCCGAUCUCCAAAGGCGUAUCCUCAGAGGCCUGGCAAGUGAGGAAUGGGUUAGCACGCAGAGAGAAGGAGGAUUGUACGAUGUAGAUUGGGAUGAGUGAGUGAGUUGAGUGAUUUAUGAGAGAUGGUGGUGUCUAGUUCGAUUUAUACCUUUACGGUAACAUCGUCCUUAAUAUCUUUCUGACGAAAGUAAACCGACAUUGGAAGACAUUUGGCACAUCA